AUUCGCGCGUGUUGUUCUUGGUUGUUACUGUGCUGUCCGAGCGAUUUCGUUCGAACAGUACGUGUCGCGAGUGGGUUUUAAAUAAACAAAGUUCUAACCGAGGUUCGUUGAUGUCGACAUCGAACGAUGCGAAGGAGAUUUCGAGGGUGAAUUAAAAGUGCAUCGGACGACGCCCUUCUUGUGUUCCGCGUGACCCGCGGCAGCUGCGGUGCGUUUUAAUAAUACGAAUACACACCGUAGCGUUUCUUCCUUCUCUUCGUGUUGUUACUACUAUUAUUAUUAUUAUAAAUAUUUUCCUUCAAGGAGCCUUGAAUUAGGGAAUACCGAAGGGAAUAGAAAUACGGUAAGUGGGGUAGGACGCUGUAAUAUUGCCGGUUCUCUCUACGCGUGCUUACUUACCCCUCUGUUUACCGUAUAGUUUCGGGCGCGACAGACGGUCGCAAGUGUAUUCGCGGAUGUGUUGUGUUUGUGAUUUUGUGUGUGCGUGCGUGCAUUACUAGCUUUCUAGUAACUGAUCGUUGCCCCAUUGUUACUGCCAAAUUCCCCUACUUCACCCGGUGUUGUACAGUUGAUUAUAAUUAUUUGUCAUUCCAUUAAACCCGCGAGUUGUUUCAAACGCUAUCGAAAUUAAGUGUCAGAUUGUGCGGUUUGUUUAUUUUUUCAUCGAGCACUGACCCGAUGUUUAAUGUAUUAUACUUACGUAUAUUGUGGAUCCAGGAGUUGAAAACAACGUUGAGGAAGUAAAGUGAACGACCGCUUCUCAAAACCUAUUUAUCGUUCUUCGUUUCUGUGAAAGUUUUUCAAAAAUAUACUUCGCGCGGUUUUCGGCAGUCAUAUAUCUCAUCUGUCAGUGCCGAGUCGAGUGUCUGUGUAAACCGGACGACUGUCGAGUGUCUAACUAUGCAGGACGAAUAAACAACACAACAUCGCCGAUGAGGUUGAAUCUAGUCUAGAUUCGCGGCAACGCCGGCCACGAACUACGCGAAUAGGCUAGGCGCUCUACUCGAUUCUACGAAGGAUGGACCGAGGACCUGAAUAACUCGAGUGCAGUUGCAGACGUCAGAGUUCUGCUUGAUAUUUCAAUAUGAAUGGAAUAAUGCAUUUUGACGGUGGUUGGCUGGAUCUGGUGGACGACGCCGGGCGUCGCUACGACGUCCUGUAACAUAGAGAGGGAGGGAAGGAAGCAGAGAACUACGCCUGCAUCAGAGGCUUCCGGUGUACUGCGGAAACGGAAAGGGAAUCGAAGAGAAGCCCUAUGAUGACGCUUUCGGCCAUCAACGACAGUUAAUCCCGGAGCUCGUCUUCGCCCGCUCGCUUCUUCCAAUCCUCCUCUUCUCCAUCCUCUCCAACCUUCCAGGAUGUACAUCUUCGCAGUCUUCUUCAUGGCCGUGGCUCUAGUCGCCGUGACAUUUGCCUGGCCCCAGGAAUCGGUGCCGCGGAUCCACAUCAAACACCACGACAUGGGGCAGAAAUUCCUGGGAAAUGAGAGCCACGUGGAACACUUUAAGCUGCUGGAACGGACGGGGACUUCCAUGUUGAUCGGUGCCAGGAACACCAUUUACAACAUCAGUCUUCACAACCUGGCGGAAAUACCGGAUCAGAGAGUGCAGUGGCCCAGCAGUGACACGCAUCGAGAGCUCUGCUGUCUGAAGGGGCGCAGCGAAGACGAGUGUCAAAAUUAUGUACGGGUAUUCGGCAGGUACAGUCCGGACAAGUUCAUCGCCUGCGGUACCAACGCCUACAACCCUCAGUGCAUGCACUUCGGUUUUCAGAACGGCGUUCACGUGCCCGAAAAAGACACCGUCGAGGGCCGAGGACUCUGCCCCUACGACCCGGAGCACAACAGCACGGCCGUAUUUGCCGGUGGGCAACUUUACGCUGCAACGGUGGCUGAUUUCUCAGGUGGCGAACCUCUGAUAUACAGAUUACCGAUCCGGACCGAACGUUCGGACUUGAACCAGCUGAACGGACCGAACUUCGUCAGCUCAUUAGCCUACGACGACUACGUUUUCUUCUUCUAUCGCGAAACCGCCGUCGAGUACAUGAACUGCGGAAAGGCGGUGUAUUCGCGAGUCGGCAGAGUCUGCAGACACGACAAAGGCGGUCCCCAUGCUUUUAGCGACAGAUGGACGAGCUUCCUAAAAGCGAGACUGAACUGCUCUGUCCCCGGCGACUAUCCCUUCUACUUCAACGAGAUACAAUCUACGAGUGACGUGACGGAGGGUAUUUAUGCCGGGGAACAAACUCAAUUGAUCUACGGCGUGUUUACAACCCCCGUGAAUUCGAUCGGUGGAUCAGCAGUCUGCGCGUUCACAAUGCGAAGUGUCUUAGAGGUCUUCCAGGGGGCCUUCAAGGAACAGGAAACCAUCAACAGCAACUGGCUUCGCGUUGUUCCAGAAAAGGUACCCGAGCCCAGGCCUGGAGCCUGCGUAAACGACUCGAGAACCCUGCCUGACGUCACCGUCAACUUCGUCAAGGCCCAUCCCCUAAUGGACGAGGCGGUUCAACCCUUCUUCUCGCUUCCGGUUAUCACUAAAGUUAGCUUCAACUAUAGGUUUACCAAAAUCGCCGUCGAUCCUCAGGUCAAGGCGCUCGACGGCAAGGCUUACGAUAUUCUCUACAUAGGGACAGACGAAGGCAGAGUCCUCAAAGCGUUGAACACUCAGGCUGUAAACACCCGUGAAAAAGUCGCCCAAGUCAUCGUCAGUGACGUCCAAGUCCUGAAAUACGGCCAGCCGGUGAAGGACUUGCAGAUCGUCCAUCUGGCAGGUGAGGCGAGUAAACUGGUUGUAAUCGCUGACUCGGAGAUCCGAGCUAUUCCGCUUCACUACUGCGAUACCUCGGCAGCAAAUUCUUGCGCUUCCUGCGUUGGUCUUCAGGAUCCCCAUUGCGCCUGGGACGCGAUGACGAAACGCUGCGUUGCCGUGCCGAACAAACUGCACGACAACGACGCGGCGAAGACAUCCUUCCAGGAUAUCGCCACCGGAAAGCACAAAGGGUGCGGAUACGAUCAGGAGUUGGCGAAACCCGCGCAACCGGUGGUUCCGCCACGUGCCGGGUGUUGCGAGCAGCCCGACGAACGUGACAACGAAAUAGUCAUCGAGUUGGAUCGAGAAAAUCAGUACAGUCGUACUCAGCCCAGAGCCAAUGAACCCCAAGGUGUUAUCGUGACGCCGGUAGUUUAUUCGGCGCAGACGUUGACGGGCGCGUUACUGGGAACAUGCCUGUUUUCCCUGCUGGCCGGUUUCGCGUCGGGUUUCUGGUUUUCCCAGAGAUUACGAGGCACGGGUUACCCGGAUCCGCCGGAGCAGCGACAGCAGCUGAACCGGUUGACGGAGGGUCCGGAGUCACCGGGCUACAACAACAAGUCUAUAAACCUCGUGCUGAACGUACCGCCGAAGAACCCGAACGGAAAGAACGCGAACUCGUCGGCGGAGAACAAGCCGAUGCAGAAGGUGAAGAAGACCUACAUAUGAUACAGGAAGAGGCAGCCCGUCUGAGCCCCAAGUAAUCGCCUGAUGGACUCGAGCUCGUCCGAAACCGGAACCGAAUCCGGCGGAACCAAGAAGCCCUCGUCGUCGAGCAUCAACAGGCGGUCUUCCUCGGGCGAUACGACAACGGCCGCACCGACGUCCUCGACUUCCGUAACCGUCGUCACUUCCGGGGGUAGGAAAAAGAGGAAGAGGACAAAGCAGCCGGCCUGCGGUAAGAGGGACCGGAACUUCUUGGAGACUUUAUCGCCGACGGAGACGCGGCUCGGCGCUGUUAGAGAUCCGUCUGUCGGCUCUAACCGCGAUCACUACAUGAUAGCCACCUUGGGCCAUCAGGGCGACGAGGGCUCGAUGUUCAACCCGCAAUUUUUACCGAACUUCAACGACAUGGUGAAGUGCAUUGCUCAGUACGAGGCGAAGAACGGACGAGUUAAUAUUCCCGAGACGAUGUUCGCCGACGAAGAAGAAAAAGAAGAAGAGAGCGAAGAAGGAGUCGAGCGGAUGUAUCGUUGGGACGAUUCCGGGGGUGACAAGGAGGGCGAUCGCGGUUUUUACCAACGUCGGAAAAAACCGAUACAACCGUCGUGCGGCGACGAACUCGUCGCGAAUUAUCCUCAGCUAAGGAUCUGCCUCCAGGACGAAGACGCCCUUGAAUCGCAGUCCGAAUGCUCAACGGCCGAAAUUCAGAUUCGCGGCUUCUUGGGUAACAGCGACAACGACGACGUAAAUGACGAUUGCCAGAGCACAGCUUCUAGGUACAAUUUGGACCGUUCGACGUCACGGGAUAACGAUGAUGUCAUGAUGAUGACGAUGAUGAUGAUGAUUCGCGACGAGGCGAGAAAUUGAUUAGGAAUACCGCGGGCGUUCUCGCUUGUUGUUUUUCGUUUAUUUUAUUUUUUUUGUUUUUUUUUUUUUUUUUUUUUGUUUUUCUCAAUUUACGUGAAACGUUUCAUUCGGUUUCGACCGAUAUGCUCGUUUCGGUAAAACCGACUAAUUUUUACCGAAAAUUCUCGACCGUACGUCUUUUUUUUCUCUUAUCAUUCGCAUACUUCGGAUGCGAUGCGAAAUUGAAUUCGGUAAAUGUGUAGUCUGGCAACUGCACGGGUUUCCAAUUUUUUUACAAUGGUACGUCAGGAUUUUCAUUAUACGAUUAUGCAGAACAGGGAACAAUCUGAUCACCUUAUCUCACGGAGUCUUAACGAAACCAAAAAAAAAAAAGCCGAUUUUGAUAUAAAUAACGAUAUGUGCUUUACGUGAAAACGAAAAAGUAAGCAAGCAUGUGCCAAAUGAUUCGUUAGAAAAUCAAUUUUACUUUAACUUGUACUUUGGGUAAUUUGGUUUGUUGCUGUUUUUUCUUUUUUCUUUUUUUAAUUCACCUUUCACGGUAACGAGGCUCGGGAUGUUUUAGAACGAAACAGAAACGGUAAAAAAAAAAAAAAAAUGGGAAAUCCGAUGUAACGGAAGUAACAGAAACCUGUGCGGUAUCCGGACUACCCGUAUACGUGUAAACGAUAAUAAAAUAAGGGUGAGAAAGAAAACGAAAUCGUCUGAACGUGAAUACGUUGUUACGUGUAAUAAAUAAAGACAGAUGCCCGGAGAGACAGUCUCUACGUAGUAAUACCAAUGUACGGAGAAGGCGUAGUAGAUUAUAUCGUGUAAGUAUUGGGAAAAAAAAAAAAAAAAAAAAAUGUGAUACAAUGGAGAACUGUGUUCGCGUUUAGUGCCGGCUGCCCCCCCACCCCCCGCCCCCCACUCUGCCACCGCCACCCCCGUGUUGUUAUUCUAGUUAACGUGUGAAUAAAACGACGAGAGAAGAGGAUGACGACGACGACGACGACGACGAUAAUUGUACAGCGCUAACAAAGGAAAGGAAUGAAAGAAAGAAAGAAAAAAAGAAAUAGAUUUAGUGUGACAGUGAAUGAAAGUAAAACGGAGAGUGAGAAUGAGAGAGAGAGAGAGAGAGUUUUAGAAAAAAUUACGAAUAUUAUGUUGAGUAGUACUUAAGCAUUCGCAGCAAACGAGGCGUGCCUUCCGUAAUAACCUUUAUGUAUAUUUCUCGUGAGUUUGUACGAUGCGACAAAGAGAGAAAAAAAAAAAAAAUCGAUUACAAGAAGAUGAGAAAAAAAGAGACGGAAAAAUAAAUAAAUAAAUAAAUAAAUAAACAACAACAACACGGUGACUCGUUUAUACUGUAAUAAUAUUAUGCAAAGGGGGGGAAAAGAAGCUUUGAGGAAGACAGCUUGAGUAAGAAUUUGAAAGCCGGGUAUCCAACCGACGAAUCGCCUCGACCACGAAACCUAACCCGCGCCGUCGUCGAUUGCCUGUAAUAAAAAAAAACUUAGAUUAUAAACGUAUACGUAUUGUAUGAUACGACAUAGAUUUACUGUAAAUAAUGUAUCGGAUCGCGGCGAAAAACGGAACGAAAGAUACAAAUCGAUUAUUGUUAUAGCUUGAUUAAUAUAAUACGCUGUAAUGCGGAUAUGUAGGACAUAUACCUUAUAUUGUACAGCGUACGUAUGCGGAAAUAGACAGUGAAUUACAUUAAAAUCGUCUAACAACGGAGUAUAAUAACGACCUUCGAUUGAAAUAAAUUAACUGAGGAACAAUUUUUAGAAGAGUGAAAAAAAAAAAAAAAAAAAAAGAAACGUACAUGUAAUCAAGGGACAAUUAUUGACGAUACGAUUGUAACCGCAAACAAAAAAACUGCAGCUCGAUCGCGGAAUAAAAUUAUUUUAACGAUAAAAAUGUUCAAUAACGAUAUUGAUUAUACGAUUGAUAAAAAUUUAAUAAUAAUAAUAGUAAUAAUGAUGAUAUUCUAGUAUUCAAAGAAAAAAGUAUGUAAAUAUUCGACGAAUUAUUAAUAGGAAACGAAAAAUCCGGUUAUAGUUUACGCAUUAUCGUUGAAUAGUUGAGCGUCGGAAUUUCGUGAGAAUUCUGUGAGAAUGAGUGAACGAUUUUCUUUUUUCUUUCUUUUUCUUCCCUCGUUUCGGGGUUUUCUUUUUUUAUAGACACGCCGGGUAGAAAUAAAAAAAGUAUAUAUAUAUUAUAUAUAUUGUGAACAAAUAACUACAUACAAACGAAUAAUGUAAAUACUAUUACGCUAUAUUAUAGUACGUUCAAUCGACUGGGCAGUCGUUGUAAAAUGUAAAUUAACACGUUGUAUUAUACAUACAUUAUACGAUAACGCGUCGUAAAUUAACGCCAUAAUCGUACCGGUACAUUUUUCAUUAGUCUCUUCUAUUUUGAUUUCGUUUUUUUUUCUUUUUUUUUUCGUUUUUCUCUCUCUCCUUUUUUGUUAUUUUCACUCCUUGUCGGAAAGAUAUUAUUAUCUAUAAUUAUAAUAACAAUUACCACGAUUACAGGUGCGUGUAAUCAUCUCUUCGAAAUUUACGUUCGAAGUACAUAAGUUAUUAUUAUUGUUGUUGUUGUUGUUGUUGUUAUUAUUAUUAGUAGUAUAUGCAGUAUAAAUAUAUUUUAAGUACAAUUGUAAGCGGCAGCUAUGAAUAUACACAAUAUCUACGUUAUUAAUUCUCGCGUUUAAAGUUAAAUUACGGUAAUAAUAGCUAGUAUUAGUUAUAAGUAUGAUGACAAGUAUAUCGUAAUGAAAAAGUUAAUAAUAAUAAUAAUAAUAAUAAUAAUAAUGAUAACAACAACAAUUGUAAGAAUUACGCAGUAUAAGUAUAAAAAAAAAUAAAUAAUCGUUUCGAUCCUCCGCAAGAGAUUACGUGUUUCGUGUAUGAGUACAGGACGGAAAAGUACUAAAAUUUUGAUCACACGUUUUCAAAACUAUGAAAAAUUUGUUUGAUAAAAUUAAACAAAGGCGGCAAAAAAAAAAAAAAAAAAAAAUGAAUUCUUCCGAAAGAUCUGAAAAAUCUGUCAAGUUUCAAAAUGGAUAUUUGAGUCGAAGAGGAUCGAAAGUAAUUACGAUCAUUAAUUACACGUUGGAUUUUAACAUUUGAGAAUAUCGUUGAAAUGUUUUCUUCGCAACUUGUACUGCGUACGGAUGAACAUUCCAUUGACAAAAAGAAAAGAAAUGAAGAAGAAAAUAAAUUAGUAACAAAGAAAAAAAAAAAAAAAGAAAAAAAAAACAACCGCGGGACUGCCAACCACGCAGAAAAUAGUGUAAAUUUUAUAUACAUAUAUAUAUAUAUAUAUAUCUAUGCGUAUGUAUUAAAAUUAUAAAUUUUAUAAUAUUAUGUACGGUACGUAAAUGCAUAUAUUAUUGGAAUCUGCCUAGAUUUAUCAUAAAAAAAAAAAAAAAUCCGCACUGCCUAAUUGUUCAUUAUUAUCAUUCGUACGAAUUGUUGAUCGGUUCCGUACGCAAGUUUAACUUCUUCGGACGAAGAAACGUUUUUUGUUUGUUACUUUUUUUUAUUUUCUCCAAAUUUUCAAACUAACAAAAAUAUUUUCCACUCAUCUUUAUAGGUACUGACAAUUGUACCGUAAUAUACACGUAUGUAAGGACACGCAGCGUACCUAUUUAAAAUAAUGUAAAUGUUCGUAGAAAUGCCUUUUAAUUAUCAUUAUUAUUAUCGAUUGAUAUCGGUUUCGUGAAUUUUUUUUUUUUUUUUUUUUUUUUUAACCUAGUAGAAAUCACGCUGUGUAACGAGAUACAAGCACUGUACCUGUGGCAUUGAAAAAGAAAUCUAACACAUUACACCGAAGGGCGUACGAUUGAAAAUAAUUGAAUAUUUUGCCAUUCGCAUACGCAAUUGCCUAGCUUUACAGAAGAUAUUGUAAUAAUUAGAUCGAUGAUAAAUGAUGUUGACAAAUUUUAGACGAAAACCCCUCCGAUUCAUGAACGUAUAAUUUAAUGAAAAUGUUGUAAGUUUAGGUGUCUUCGAACAAAUUCAGAUAUUGUUAAAGAAAGAAAAAAAACAUUACACGCGAAUUGAUGGGAGAUGAAUAAGAUGAAAGAUAGCCGAGAUUGAAAUUGAGAUGAAUGAUAUUUUAUACACUAAUUCCAUUCGCGUUCGCUGCAAAAAGAUGAUUAUUGUCAUUGUUAUUAUUCUUGUACCGAUCGUGACUGUAACAAUGAUACGAAAUGCUUGUAAUUAGUGUCUAGAAAAAAUUACGAGGUCUAACAGGCUUUGGGCAGUAUAUAAAUAUACAUGUACGCAAGUUGAACUACAUAUAUAUGUAUAAAUGCACACACAUAUAUAUAUACAUAUAAUGUAAUAUUUUUAUGAAUUUCCAAUCUCGUUAUUGCAAUAUUAUUUUAUUGGCAUGAGUAAAAAUUAAAUAGUAUAACGUGAACGAAAACAAGAAAUAACAAAUAUAUAUAUAUACAUGUAUACAGCUUUAAACUACUUAUGAUUAAAUACAUAUAUUAUAUAGCAUUAGUACAAAUCGUUAUAUUAUAUUGAAAAAUGAUUAUAUACGUUUGUAGUGGCCUUCAAUUAUAAUUAUUGUCGAUACAUGUUAUACAUUAUACGAUGAUGUAUAAGGAAUAAUGUGAUUUUGAUUCAUUGCAGUUACGCAUGUUACAUGCGUGUUGUAUUAUGUAUGAUAUAUACAUACAUACAUAUAUAUAUAUAUAUAUAACUAAAGUGGCUUACGAUUAGAUAAUACUAGACGAUGGCGUCAGAUCCGUAAAUCGAUAUCUAUCGUUGAUGUUCAAGAUAAAUUAUAAAUUUAUUUUAACCAACAUUCGUCACCGGUGAAUAUUUUAUUCUCUUCGCGCAAAGAUUCUUCUCCGAGCGAAAAUGUCGAGUUGCGGGAAUUUCCGGGUUUUUAUCAUCUCCUUGGAAAUAUUUCUGCUUUCUUCCGUAAUUUCUUAUUUCUCUCCAGGUGUUAUCGGACUCGAUCUGAAAACAAUAGAACGGAUUAUUCUCUGCGGGGAAAAAAGAAAAAAAAAAACAGAAAAUAGAAAUUGUACCCGUUGCAUCUUCAUCUGCAAAUUUUUUGCCAAUUUCGAAGAUACGUCAAGUUGUACGUGUAUAAUUUAAAUUUACUUUAGAAUUUAAUCUAUCUUCGGUGUCUCGCAAUAUUCGCGUGCAAAUUUUUUACACGAUACGGUAAUAAAAUUUUACAACGCCGAAACUUCUACUAAAAUGACAAAGUUGGUUUUCUUUGUCUGUUUUUUUUUAUACUCUUUUUUUUUCUUUUUUUUCUUUACGCCUUAAACACAAACGCAGGGAGACGCGAGAAAAUAUUCAUCGUCGAAUAAAUGUCUUUUGCAAUAUUUCACCGCCGUCUAAUCUCGGUUCACAGAAUACUUGUGCAAGUGGUCUUGUAUCGCGAAAUUAGACGGAUAUAUUUGCGGGUGGAAAAAAAUUUCACCGAGGUUGGUUGAGCGUUACAACCGUUGUUAAAAAGAAAAUAUUUCCAUUCACGGUGCAAAUGAGCACGGAACGCGGAUAUUAAAAAUAUUCUUGCGCGGUAUUGCAAAGGGAUGUGAAGAAGAAAAAAAAACCUGUUAAACAAUUUACCACCUUCCAUUCUUCGCAUACGAUAAACGCAAACGAAGUCUUCAGAUUUCGCGUAACGAGGUAAUUUUAUUUUCUUUUUCCUCCCCCCCCCCCCCCCCCCCCCGCACUUUUCUCAACCCCCGCGGAAAUAUUUGUACAAAUGAUUUGUGUUCGCAUUCGGAAUCGCGAAUAAAAGAUAGGCUCGAUUACGAGUUGUAUGGAAACAA